AUGACCAAUUUGAUGAAGAAGGAAUCAAAAUUUGAGUGGAGUGAAAAAUGUGAGGAAGAUUUCCAAAUUCUAAAAGAGCGUUUAACCUCUGCACCAGUUUUGACUAUGCCUGAUGGGAAUGAGGGGUUUGAGGUGUAUAGUGAUGCUUCGAAGAAUGGUUUGGGGUGUGUGUUGCAACAAAAUGGGAAGUACCAUGAGGGGAAAGCAAAUGUGGUUGCCGAUGCACUGAGUAGGAAAUCGAGCCAAAGUAUGAAUGUCUUGGUAGUUCCUGAGGAAUUGUGUCGAGAUAUGCAAAGACUUAGCCUGGAAAUAGUGAAACCCGGAGAGACCAAAGCAAGACUGAGUGCAUUAUCAUUGGGGUUGUCCAUAUUCGAGGAGAUUAAAGAAAGUCAAGCUGGGGAUGAAUACUUAGAGAAGAUCAAAGAAAAGAUGGGGCAAGGGAAGGAAGUAGAUUUCAAGAUUCAUGAUGAUGGUAGUUUGAGGUUCAAAGGGAGAUGGUGUGUACCGCAGAAGUAUGAAGAACUCAAGAGACGUCUUAUGGAUGAGGGGCAUAAUACUCCAUAUUCUGUGCACCCUGGGGGUGACAAGCUGUACAAAGACCUGAAACAGAUCUACUGGUGGCCCAAUAUGAAGCGUGAAGUUGCUGAUCAUAGUACAAAGUGGACUGGUUCUGAGAGUGGUUCAAGGAAGGCACCUGUUGCCUGGGAGCAGUUGUGUUUUCCAAAGAGCAAUGGAGGGUGGAAUUUGAAGGAUCUUACAAUUUGGAACAAAGCAGCUGUCAUGAAGCAUUGUUGGGCUCUUUCUAUGAAGCAAGGUAGGUUGUGGGUUAGGUGGAUUCACACCUAUUAA